AUGAGCGAGCGAGGAGAGCCCUUCGGCCAAGGGGAGCUGAGGAAUAAUAACCCGCAGGAUGAUGUGCUGCCUGAUGGCGAUGCCAACGCCAACGAGAUCCGGACGCAGGACGGAGGAGGGACAGGUGAUACCAGAACUCCGGUGUCGCUGUCCAGACUGACGGCUGAAAUGUCAGAGCAGGACAAGGUCAUCAUCUGGGGCACAGACUCCCAGUGCGACGACCCGGAGCUGGCCGAGUUCGAGAUGCUGGAGUGUCAGGAGCUGGACGCGUACCUGGUGGAGGAGGGAGAGGACUUUGUCGGGCUUGGAGAUCGCAAAGAGCUUUUCAGUCAACCCUCAUCCUGCAGCAGAGCCACAGUGGAACCACUGGUGGCUGCGAGUAAGAGCAAAGAACAGAGGAAGCCUGUGCAACGUGGUGCCAGUGAGCAGGAAGUCAAUGCCUCUCAUGUAUCUGAGAGCAGAGGAGUGGCGGCUGGAACCGAGUUCAGCUCUGAAACCGACGUGUUUGUGUCCUGUCUGUCCACCAUGUCAAGUCUCGGGGGAAGCUUGGCCAGCGCUCUGGACACUGCAGGCAGGACACAGACCACAGACUCCUGGCACGUCCCCUCAGGUCCUUACAGGACCAUCUCAGAAGACCUCACUCUGGCCUCUCAGUCCUGCAACACCAUCUCCGACAGAGGCAAGGCCUCUCACCAAGCUGAGCGCCAUUCCAUCUCCUCUGGAAUAAGCACAAUACACAGGAAAGAUGUGGAUGUGAAUUUGAAUUCAGCCGUUCUUUCCGAGGCUAUUGAAGCACAAAAACAGGGUUCCCUUGAGAACGCCCUCAGUUCCAGUUCCUCGAGCCUGGAGAGGAGGAAGCCCUGGGGAAGUCCUAGUCGACCAGCAACUCCCACAUCCCCCAAAACCACCUGUUCCCCCAAAAGAAGACCCCCUGGCUCUCCAGCGAAGGUCCAGGGCAUCAGAGCGCUGAGCUUGGAGCGCAGUGACUCCCCUCAGAGAGGCAGCACCCCUGCCAAACAGCCAGGUAGAGUGUGUGUGAGCAGUGGCAUCCCCAAGCCUGUCAGCCCUCAACAGAAGGAGCCUGAUACCCGGAGGUCGUCUCCUCCGCAGAAGCCAAAAAAUGUCCGCCCAAAAAUCAUUACCUAUGUUCGGAAGAAUCCUCAGGCCAAGCCGCAAAUGACGGAUGCCCCACAUGAGGCCUCCACACUCCCACUAAGAGUAUCCUCUUACCCGAGCCCUCCGACUCAUAAAGUCGGGCCUCAACACAAAGGCACGUCGGUACUAUGCUCCUCCAACCUGCUGUUUGACAAAUAUCGUCAAGAGAUGCACAAGACAAGCUACUAUCCUCCAGGCAUGAAGGCGCCAAGCAGCUCCGUCCCCCAGAAGCUGAGUGGGAAGUCAGAAAGCUUUCAUGGAGAGCUGCCUGACAAAUACCUACAGGAGCAAGCUCCCCAAGAAGCAGGAGGUGUCUACCGCUCCCCCAGAGCCCUGAGGCCUCAGCUGGGCUUAGGGGCGGUCACCAGGCAGCCUGCAGCCAAGACUAGAGCUCAGCAAACAGGUCAAAGGUCGGCCGCGACCCUGAACCAGUCCGCACAGGCAACCGGAGCGCCCACCCACAGCAGCCAGGACCCAGCAGGUGAUAUCAAAGAAGGGCUCUUAUGCCCGGAGACGGCCCCGAAGAGCCUCCUGCUCAAGCCGGGCCAGUCUGGGCUGCGUCCUCCAGGCUUCUCCGCCCUGCCACCUGCCCGUCUGGCCGCCUUCGGCUUCGUCCGGAGCGGCAGCGUCUCGUCUGUGUCCAGCAACCAAUCUAAUGACAGCACCCACAGCGAUCCCUGCCGACCUUCCCAGCACCCCGGCAGCGGCAGCGAGGACACGCCUCUCCACAAGGCCACAGCGCCACCCAGUGAAGCCCCCCGUGUCCCCAGCCGCGGCAGCCCCCAGCCUCCCAACGCUCCCAGCCUCCAGCGCCGCUCUCUGCCCCCGCCACGGUGCUCCCCGCUUGCCUCGAGGAAGGAGACUCCAAAGGACACAGAGGCAGUGCAGCCACCAGCGUCCUCCCCCAAAAGGUUUGCAGUGGUUUCGCCCAAGCCCCAGUCUCCUGUUCGUGGGCGGGCUGCCGUCGGCCGCGGUGCCAUCCGGCCUGAGAAGUCCCAGGAGUCGGACCGGGCUUUGGUCCAGAAGCUGAGGGAGCGCUGCGAGGAGCAGGCCUGGCAGCUGCAGAGCCUCCAGGCCCAGCUGAAGAAGGCCUCCCUGGGCCUGGAGGUGUUCGCCAUCACCACCCAGCACUUCUGUCAGAAGAGCGAGAGUGCCAUUGUGAAGGAGAGGGAACUGUCCCUGGAGCUCGCCAGAAUCAGGGAUGAAGUGGCUUUCAGUGUUGCACGCUGGGAGCAUCUGCAGCAGGACAAGGAGGAACUGGAACGGCGUUUCGAGGCUGAGCUGCAGGGACUGCGGGCGCAGCAGCAGAGCGAGCUGGGAGCCCUGGAGGAGCAGCUGAGGGCUCAGCACACAGCCGAGCGCGAGCGCCUGCAGGCCCAACAGCGCGCAGAACUGAAGGAGUUACGUAUCAAGCAGCAGGAGCAGAUUGAGGAUAUGAGUGAGAACCAUGAGGCAUCCCUAAUGGAGAUGGAGACGGCUCACAAUGACACACUGGCCACGCUGCAAGAGGAGCACGCCAGGACUGUGAAGAACUUGAAGAUGGCCCACGAACAGCAGAGGAAGUCUCUAGAGGAGGAGUUUGAGAAGCUCAGACUGUCACUGCAGGAUCAGGUGGACACGCUGACAUUCCAGAAUCGAAGCCUGCGGGACCGAGCCAAGCGCUUCGAGGAGGCUCUGCGCAAGAGCACCGACGAACAGAUCGUGGACGCUCUGGCGCCGUAUCAGCAUAUCGAGGAAGACCUGAAGAGCCUGAAAGAAGUUCUGGAGAUGAAGAAUCAACAAAUCCAUCAGCAGGAGUUGAAGAUCUCAGAACUGGAGAAAAUGGCUGAAAAGAACGUGUACCUGGAGGAGAGGGUCCAAGUGCUUCAGCAGCAGAACGAGGACCUGAAGGCCAGAAUAGACAAGAACCUCGCCGUGUCCAGGCAACUGUCUGAGGAGAACGCCAACUUGCAAGUGCACGUGGAAAAGGAGAGCAAUGAGAAGAAGCGGCUGAGUCGCACCAACGAGGAACUGCUGUGGCGACUCCAGACCGGCGAGCUGAGCCCUCGCAUGUCCCCCACCUCCUCCCCCAUCCACCGCUCCUCGUCGGGAACAAGCUCCCCUGCACGCCCGCACUCCUACCAUCAAUGA